AUGUCAGCAGUGAUCGUCCGAAGAUCCACAUUGGAAUCUGCACCAGGAGGCUGGCUACGCCAUCAAAAGCAUCAGCAGGGAUGUUGGACAAAGACGAAGCCCAUCCUGGCGAGUCUUUGGCUUCUUAGGAGCAGCUGGAUCAGAGGUGUCCUGGAGGCCAGAGAUUACAUUUGGGUUUCCGCGCAUGGCCUUCACAGAGUCCAUGGCACGAGGAAGCACAUUUCAAAGCCAACGUGCAAAGAAACCGUUGGAGGCGAGGCAUACUUUGAGGCUUCGCGCUUGAGGUCUUCCAUGGGCGAAGCAGUCUCAGGCUCCUUGCGGGUGGAGCGGGCGGCUGGUGGAACUGAAGGACUCGAAGAUUCUCCGCCUGGCUUGGAGAUCCACCUUGCUCAGGGCCGAUUUUUUGGACCAGACAUUUUGACGGCUCUUGCUGGUCGCCAAGCGUACCCCAAACGAUGGACGACCCUCCUGCGCCAAAGGAUGUGGGGCGGCCAGAUGGUCCAGGGCGCGUCAAACAUGAUACUGAAAGUGUUUUCUUGGCAAAACAAGGCGAAUGGCUACAACUUGCUACAAUUAUGGAACCCGGGUGUUGGGUGUCUUUGGAGACAAUGUAUUUACUACAACUUCAAUCUAUCUUCAAGUUCCUUUCACUUCUGUUUUCCCCAUUGGUUUGCUCGAUGUUUAGCGCUGUUCUUUCAUGGCAGAAGUACGAAGAAUGGGGAAACGGAUGCAAGGUUCGAGGGUUCGACGGUUCGACCGCGAGGGAAGGAUUGGGAAGUGAGCCAGAUGUCCACGCAGCUCAUUUAG